GCGUGAGUACUUAAAUCAUCCUCACAAGAAGUCACAACUCGCAAGUGAUAGCUAGCCAUGGAGGUAGAGCAAUGGCUUCACAUGGCCAACGGCGACGGAGAGAACAGCUACGCCACCAACUCCAGACUCCAAGAGAAGGCCAUGCUUGAGACCAGGCCGGUGCUCCAGGGCGCCGUGGUGGAGCUGUACAGGUCACUGCCGGACAAGAGCACCAUGGUCGUCGCCGACCUAGGCUGCUCGUCAGGGCCGAACACGCUGCUGCUUGUGUCGGAGGUCAUCGGUACAAUCUCCGACCACAACCGGGAAGAAGAGCAGGAGCAGCGCCCUCCUGCCGCAGCCAUGGAGUUGCAGUUCUUCCUCAACGACCUGCCGGGGAACGACUUCAACCUCGUCUUCAGGUCGCUGGAUCGGCUGCAGGAGCUCACCGCCGAUAGGAGGCCGCAAUACUACGUGGCCGGGAUGCCGGGUUCUUUCUACACCAGGCUGUUCCCAUGCCGGAGUGUCCACCUCUUCCAUUCCUCCUACUCCCUCAUGUGGAGGUCCAAGGUACUGGAUGAGCUUUCAAGAGGUGCUUACCUGAAUGAAGAGAGCAUCUACAUUGGCAAGAGUACUCCUCCAGCUGUGAUAAAACUAUACCAAGAAGAGUACCAAAAGGACCUGUCUUUGUUCCUGACGCUGCGAUUCAAUGAACUUGUACGUGGUGGGCAUAUGGUUCUAACAUUUCUAGGCAGAAAGAGCAAAGACAUGUUGUUACAUGGUGAAGCAAGCAGCAUGUGGGACUUGCUCGCCCAAGCUCUUCUCUCUCUAGUGCUGAAGGGCCUUGUGGAGAAGGAGAAGCUGGUCUCUUUCAACCUUCCAUUUUCUGCGCCAUCUAUGGACGAAGUGAAGGCUGUGGUUGAGGAGAACAAUCUCUUCAAUGUGGAACACAUGAGUGUGUUUGAAUCAAGCUGGGAUCCACAAGACGACGACACAAACGAUGAUGUCGUGUUGGGCUGCAGCAGUAGUGGGUUGAAUGUUGCCAGGUGCAUAAGGGCGGUGGCGGAACCGCUGAUUAAGAAACACUUCGGAGAGGCCAUUCUUGAUGAUCUGUUUAUGGUUUAUGCCAGCAUGAUUUCAAAGCACCUCAAGAAAGCGAAGGCCAAGUAUCCUAUAAUUAUCAUCUAUUUGAACGCCAAGCACUAAGAAAUACUUCUCAAGUGUCAAUUUGAAUAAAUGCGGGGAGUUCAGUAUUUCUGGUCCAUCACAUAUUAUAUGUAGAAGAUGUUUUGUUAAUAUUUUGUACGUAUGGAAAAGGAUGUUUCCUUGUCAAUUCCAUGAAUUUUAUGGCAAGCAAGUACGCUAGAAACCCUGCCAUUUAAUAUGUAAAAAAAUGUUUCGAUGAUAUUGUAUAAGAAUAAGAAUGUAUGGCUUAGUUGGCUACAUGGAAAAGACAUUUGUCUAAUUUUAUGCA